GUUUUCAGCAUGCCGCUAUAUUUUCUGCACUAAACUAGUGAAUUUUCCCAAUAUAUAUUCAGAGAUGAUAAACAAGAUGUUAUAGAAUAAUAAUUUAUUUAAACCCCAAUUUUGAAGAAGAAAAAAAAAACUGACAUUUGAUCUAUUUGUAUACUAAAAGCAGACAUUGACUUUCAAAAAUGAACUUUAUUAUUAUUUAUUAUACAAUUAUUCAAUUAUUAUAUCAACAAUUAGUGUCAUGACCACUCAUAAAAACAGAUCAAAUUAUGUGAUUUGAUAAAAACAUAACUGGACUUUUUUCCCCCAGCAGAGAUAAUUGAGAGCAUCAGUAAAGUAUAUGGAUCAUCUCACAUACAGCAGUAGAAGUACUCAGAGUUCAUGCAGUUAGAGCACAAGGAUAAAAUUCCAACAGACAUUUAAAUUAAUGAAGUUUGCUAACCUAUCCGUCCUUCAAGACUCAUUUCUUAUGACAUAACUUUUUCUCAAGUCAAUACCGAAAUAGCUGCUGUUCUGUUACUGUUAUGUUUAAAGUCAUGGGGAAAAGGGCUAUGGAUCUAGUACUUCAAAGUAUCAAAGAACCUGUCUGUCUUGUGUACUAACUCCAUGGAGACAAAUCAGACUGCCCUGCUUCAUAAAAAGAUCCCUUUCUCUCUUCUCCUUUCAUGGGUGAGACUGAGAGAGAGAGAUUGGGAGGCAGAAAAAGAGAGUGAGAGAGUGAAUAAUGUAGCCCAUGUAAUAUAGUGCUGUUUCUGUAAGACAGGAGGGGAGUUCAUCCAUAGUUCAGUGGUGGCACAGCAGGAUAAAAUUCUGAUUACAUUGAGUCUAGUCUGCCAAUUAUAUUCAGUAGUUCAGAACAUUUCAACAUUCCUCAUAAACCAGGGCUUUGUCUCUAGGUAUGGCUGUAGUCAACAACAUUUAAUUGCCUUUUAUUGUCCUGCUGUGUGAACAGACUCGUUCAUUACCAAGGCUGCCGCGAGAUACUGAGCAGUUUAGCACUCCGCGUCUCAAGACCGUGAUGUUCAUUACCGUGAUAUUUGGUGAGGGAAGAGAAGAGAUACUGAACCUAAAUUGCGAGAUUAUAAACUUCAUCCACUGUAUAAAAGAAAAAUGCAAUUUGGAUCCCCAAGAGACUGUGGACUUGAUGGACAGGACGGGAGAGCUGGUGAACUUGGCAGAGAGAGCGCAGAGCACAGACCUCGUCUGCAGUUUGCUGAAGGAGAGAGAGAGCUAUAUUCCAUUACGUGUGUCACGAGGUGAAGGCAGUGAAGGUCCUAAGUAUUCUGCAGUGUAUGACUUUGGCACAAGUUACCCUGAGCUAGCAGAGAUUCUGAGAAAACUAUCAAAUCCUUCAAAGGAGAAGGAUAGAAAGGGUGGAGCAUCUAAAAGGGGAGGAGUCAGUCAAAACCGCAUCAAAUCUGUGAUCAACUUUAAGAAAGCCAUCACAACACCUCGGAGCUGAAAACACUCGGGCUAUUUCCAUGUGUUACUGUUGCCAAAAUUGUAUUAAUAGACUUCAUUGUGUUACUACUCUGUUAUUUAUAUCAUAAAAAGUAAAUAUUGCAGAUUAUUUGAAUAUAUCUAUGGCGAAGCGGGUUCUAAAAAUGGUUUAUUAUAAAAAAAGAUGUUCUUUUUUCAAGGGGUAAGUUGAUCCGAGUCAGAUGGCACCAUCUUGGGUGUAAACUGACCAUCUAGCUGAAUCUGAAUCAAACCCAUGUAAAUUAUUUAACUAUUUUGCAAGUAGUUUUUUUUUCUUAAAGCUACCUUAAACAACAAAAAAACAACCAAAUUAUGUUAAAAUGUCAAUAUCUUUAAUUGUUUUUAUUUCGAAAAUUAUUUUCUUUUAACCUUCCCAAAAAACAGACUAAACUGAGUUUUUUGGGAAAAAUUAAAUAAAAACUAAAUUAGAAUUAGAAUGAAUAAAUAUCACUGAAACUAAUAAAGAUUUUAGUCAAAAGGUUCUUAGUUGGCAUGGUAGUUUUUCUGCAAUGUCAAACAUGUUAGGCCUUAGGGACUAGGCUACAGGUCGAAAGAUAUGUAUGAUUAAGCAUCUCCUGGUUCUUAUCAGAGAAUGAUUUGGUGAACUUUUACAUUGUUCCUAUCAAAUAAACUAAAAAAAAAAAAAGAUGAAUUAAACCAGUUGUGUAAAAUUUCAUUGUCAUUAUACCAGGUUAUACUUCAAAGAUUUAAUUUAACUACAGUGCCUUAUGGUGAGUGUAUAGGGCAGGGAUGGGCAACUUCAGUCCUGGAGGGCCAUUGUCCUACAGAGUUUAGCUUCAACACUAUUCAAACACACCUGAACAAGAUAAUCGAGGUAUUCAGGAUUACUAGAAAGUUACAGGCAGGUGAUUUUUUCAGGGUUGGGGCUAUCGCUGCGUUCCAGGCAGGUUUUUGAGCACGUAAAUCACUAUUUCAGCAUUCCAGGCCAGUCACGCCAAACUACCUGAAUGCAAGGAAUUGUGGUAGCUAGAUGUAAACAAACCAGCAUGGCGGGGCUUAUGCACACUUGUAAUAAUUUCUGUCGCCAAAGGUGCUCACUCCUUGUUUAUUUGAGGGAAACGGAGGAGAAAAAAACGGCGCAUAAGUCAAGAUAAGCUGUUAUACCUUUUAUUUUAUUUGUAAAUUUGGAAAUGCAUUUGGUAUUAAUUUCUCCUUACACUCAAUGGACUGAAAACUAGUUAACGUUAUUGUCCUAAAGUGUAUUCACACAUGUACCGCCUGCAGAAACACUGCAUCCGUAGGGGCUGCCAUUGUUGUUUUGUAUGAUUUCGCAGGCUAUAUGACGUCAGAGCUCGUAACUGGGAGUACAUCGAUCUAGUACGAGUUCCUUGGUGGGAAGUCACGGGUCUGACUGUCGUUCCAGUGCACUUUCAG